AUGUGUUUCGACACGGCGGUAGUUGCUUAUGUCGACGUUCCCGAUGGUAGCGUAGCCAUCGAUACUAGCAGCACAGAAGCUACAGGUCCAGCACACUCACAAGACGAGGAAACUGACAUGCGUGGAGAACAAGACCAGGCUAAGACGGCAGAAGAAGGCAUGUGCAAAUCACUCGAAGAAGUCGGGCAACACAAAGAAGAUACGGUUGCCACGUCGGAGGAUAAUGACCAGCAGCCUACAACUGUUUCACCAAAGAAACGGAAGAAACGUCGAAUAGCCCGUCAGGGAGCAGCAGAAAUCGCGCCAAUUCUGCGUGAAAAGGCGAAACAAAUAGGCCAAGAACUAGCGGAGACGACACAGGCAACUCCUCCGGAAGAUCGAACAACAAAAAGGAAGACUCGAAAUGAGGACACUGAUCCCGACCGUGGAAUCCACAUUCAAGACGGUACAGCUAGUCUGAAGGACCUUCCACCUGUACCCAACUCGUACACGCGGGAAGUUACGUGCACGCGAGACUGGGCGGAUGACAUGGAGGAGCAAAGCCAUGAUGCAGAGAUGGCUGACAUAGCACAACGUUCAGGACGAACGGCACCCGACCGUCGACAGGAUGUGUCCACCCGGCAACAAACCACCAUCAAAGAUACUCGUGCCGGGCAGCCAGCCAGCCUGCCAGCCUGUCCAUCUCCGUGCAUCGAGCAGCGAGCAGCGAGCAGCGAGCGGCCAGCAGCCAGCAGCCAGCAGCAGUUCCUGGUAGCAGCGGUUCCCGCCAGCAGUGGCCUCGCCAGCAGUCCGCCAGCGCCGAUCCCCGCCAGCGCCGGUCCCUGUGAGCAGCCAGCGGUGGUCCUAGCUGCCUCCAGCAGCAGCAGCAGCAGCGGAGGCGUCACCACCAGCCAGCCAAACAGGUCGCCCCCACCGCCAGCGACAGAAGAGUGGGGCUUCGGCCCCAGUCUCCUUCAUUCUUAG